CGCUGCUCUACUUGCCGCUUUUCUACGUACAAGGUGGGUUACAUAUACCAUGUAGGUUCUCCCAGACAUCUCUCAUUCCAAUUCAUCCGCUCUCUGAAUCUUCAAUCAAAAUGCUUGCAACACCUCCUCAACCCCAUGACGUCUCUUUACCACACUUUCCCAAGCCAGCCGUGAUAAAGAAUGCCUCUUCUCAAGAACUUCCUCGUUCAAUCGCUCAAUCGUGGCUUGACCGUUUCUCUGCAGUCCUGGAUUCCGGCGAUGCUUCUCGUCUCUCUACUGUCAUCCACGAAGACAGCUGGUGGCGCGAUCAUGUAGCUCUAUCCUGGGAUCUCCGUACUCUGCAUGGUCUGCCCGCCAUCAUCUCUUUCCUAUUUCCCGUUCUCUCAUCAAUCAGAUUACAUCCGUUGUCCCUGGCUGCAGAAGGUGAAGCCUAUGCUCCAUCUACCGUCAAGCCCAUCCCAGAACUCGAAUGGAUCCAAUCCAUGUUUACCUUUGAAACCUCCACAGGUCGAGGUCGUGGUUUUCUCCGUCUAGCUCAAGCCGAAGAUGGAAUCUGGAAAGCUCAUAUGCUAUACACAGCCCUAGACGGGAUCAAAGACCACGAGGAAUCAACUGGCGCCCGCCGCUCCCACGGUGGUCAAAAUUCCAGCGAGGGUGGCAAUUGGUUUGAACGACGUCAAAAGACUCACACCUUUGACGACUCUGAACCAGAUUGCCUCAUCAUCGGCGCAGGACAAGCAGGACUGAACCUCGCAGCCCGUUUACAAGCGCUAAAUCUCUCCGUUCUGAUCAUCGACAGACAAACCCGUGUAGGAGAUAAUUGGCGUUCCAGAUAUCGUACACUCGUCACGCAUGAUCCAGUGACUUAUGCACACAUGGCCUAUCUCCCUUUCCCCUCCAACUGGCCUCUCUACACGCCCAAAGAUAAAUUGGGAGAUUGGUUCGAAGCCUAUGCCAGCUUGAUGGAACUAAACGUCUGGCUCUCCACCUCCAUAACCUCCUCUUCCUACUCCCCAGAAACCAAAUCCUGGACUGUGGAUAUCAAAAAAGCCGACGGUAGUACCAAAACACUACAUCCUCCCCACCUCAUCCUAGCCACCGGUCACAGCGGCGAACCCCGCAUCCCAACCUUCCCAAACCAAUCCUCCUUCCACGGAUCAAUCUACCACGGCAGCGCACACAAAGACGCCACACCCUCUUCCGCAGCAGGCAAAAAAAUCCUCGUCGUAGGCACAGGAAACAGCGGCCACGAUAUCGCGCAAAACUACUUCGAAGCCGGCGCAGAAUCAGUGACGCUACUCCAACGCUCUGGAACGUACGUCCUUCAAGCGGAAAAGGGGGGCCAUAUGUUACAUGCAGGCACCUAUGAUGAAACCGGUCCUCCCACCGAAGAUGCAGAUGUGUAUAGUCAAAGUCUUCCUCUGCCCGUUCAAUUCGCCCUAGGCCGAAACCUCACCAAAGCGAUCGCGGAAGCGGAAAAGGAGAAUCUGCAAGGAUUGGAAAAUGCAGGCUUCAAAGUCGAUUUCGGCCACGAUGGCUCAGGGCUGUUUAGGAAAUACAUGACCAAAGGAGGAGGCUAUUACAUCGAUGUCGGAUGUUCGAAGUUGAUCUGUGAGGGUAAAGUCAAAGUCGUCAAUUCCCCUGCCGGUAUCGCUGGGUUUGAAGAGCAUGGUGUGAAGUUGGCAGAUGGGAGAGUGGUAGAAGCAGAUAUUGUCGUUCUAGCAACAGGCUACGACAACAUGCGCACUUCCUGCCGCAAAAUCCUCGGCCCCUCCAUCGCAGAUGCGGUAAAAGAUGUCUGGGACUUGGACGACGAGGGAGAAUUAAAUGCCAUGUGGCGACCCUCAGGUCAUCCCAGAUUCUGGUAUAUGGGUGGAAAUCUCGCGCUCUGUAGAAUUUACAGCAAAUUUCUGGCGCUGCAGAUUAAAGGUGUGGAGGUUGGAAUAAACAACAUGUAAUUAUCAGAAAUUGACAGG